CUUCUUAAAAUAUGUUUUGGUUUGAUCGCCCUAAUACUUACAAUAAGUAUUACGGUUUUACUGCUGUGUUUGUUUUAUUUUCAAAGUGAUAGAUCUCCUUAUAAACAAAAAUAUGUGAAAAGAUAUGUAAUAUCCGGAACAAAUUUCACUGGAACCUGCACCUAAUUCAUAUCCGGAAGCCAUCGCCUGAAAAUUUUUAGACGGGCGAGUUGACGUUCGGUCUUCACCAAAUUAAAACGCUACACAUGGCAUGAUGGAAGACGCUGGUGGGAAAAGGAGUUUUUCUUUUCAAAUGCAAAUAGGUCUGACUAGGGAUCAGAUCAAUAUUGAUGGCGAACUAACGUUAGCAAGUUUACAAGAGAUAGCUUGCUCGUUCGUAGACAGAAAGUUUCCAGAGCAUGGAUUCUAUAGCUUAGUAGACAAAAUUCUUUUAUUCCGUCAUGACAACACAAGUUCCAACAUUCUACAAAUCAUCACCAGUCCGAUGGACGUGAAGGAGGGCUGUCUUGUUGAAGUAGUUCUCUCAGCUCAGAUUACCAUGGAGGACCUGCAGAUUAAGAGACACAACCUGUCCAUUCACUCCUACAAAUCCCCACACUUCUGUGACUUCUGUGGGGAGAUGCUCUGGGGGUUAGUCAAACAGGGACUCAAGUGUGAAGGUUGUGGAUUAAAUUUUCAUAAGCGGUGUGCCUUCAAGAUUCCAAAUAACUGUUCGUACGACCGUCAACGUCGGCCAUCAACAAGUAGCAUAACGUACCCCAUGCAAGAUCUGAGCUUAAGAGAGAAAAACGACUCUGUGGCCCUCCCCGAGAGUCCAAGCCAGGUAACCCUGAUCUCAAAGACUGACUCCAAUAAAAUUACAACUGGUGUCAGAGGGGAUAACAAUGAAACCUCUCUUGCGGUCCCUGGUCCAUCAAUCUCUUUGGUUGGGGAGCCACGUAGCAACAGGUCCAAGUCCUGGAGUGGACGUCCAAUCUGGAUGGAGCGAGAGGUCCAGUCUCGUAUCCGAGUACCACAUACCUUUAAUGUUCGUAAUUACACCCGCCCCACAAUGUGCCAGUAUUGUAAAAAGCUUCUACGAGGCUUGUUUAGACAGGGAAUGCAAUGUAAAGACUGCAAAUUUAAUUGUCACAAGAAAUGUGCAGAGCAUGUUCCAAAGGAUUGUACGGGGGAGCUUCCUAAAAUCGGAGUUUUACCUGAGCCCAGUUUUCCAUCAGACACGUUCUCAUCAGAAACCGACACAACAUUUACAGAAAUGACUGAGGAGGCUGACGAUGCUUUUAACGAUGAUUUGGACGAUGAUGAAAUUGAUCAGAAACCUCCCCUCAGUCCAACCCAGAGCAGCAACAUUCCACUGAUGAGAAUUGUACAGUCUAUUAAACACACCAAGAGGACUGGGUCCAAGAUCAUUAAGGAGGGGUGGAUGGUGCACUUCACUAACUUAGAUGCUCAGAGAAAACGUCAUUUCUGGAGAUUAGAUUCCAAGUCCAUUACUAUGUUCCAGCAGGAGAAUUCAAAUCGGUAUUAUAAGGAAAUAUUAUUGAUGGACAUUAUCUGCAUUGAAAUGGCCAAAGUACGACAAAUUUCCGAAGUCAGCAAGGCACCACAUGUAUUUGAGAUUCGCCUACAGAACAUUACUUACUUUGUUGGGGAGGAUCCGACAUUUGGGGGUCGGGACGGUGACUUUUUGGUGUCCUCUGAGAGUGGUACUGGGCUGGAACAGGCACGAUACUGGGAGCAUUCUAUCAGACAAGCACUGAUGCCAGUCACCCCCACCACCAGUGUGGUGUCUGAGGGUCAAACCACAGAUAAUGGAAAUGUUUCUGAAGAGGACCACGUUCAAAAGAUCCAUAAAUCCAGAAUUCCGGACAUUAGCCAGCUGUAUCAGAUCUAUCCUGAUGAUGUUCUAGGCUCAGGACAGUUCGGUAUUGUAUAUGGAGGAAAACAUCGAAAAACAAACAGGGAGGUAGCCAUUAAAGUUAUCGACAAGUUACGCUUUCCCACCAAACAGGAAGCUCAGCUCAAAAAUGAAGUCUCCAUAUUACAGAAUCUACAUCACCCUGGGGUGGUAAAUCUGGAGAAAAUGUUUGAAACACCUGAGAGAAUCUUUGUCGUAAUGGAGAAACAGAAAGGGGACAUGUUGGAAAUGAUUCUAUCUAGUCUUAAAGGCCGACUCAGUGAACGAGUGACGAAGUUCCUCAUCUCACAGAUUUUGAUGGCACUGAAGCACCUACAUUCAAAACAUAUUGUCCAUUGUGAUUUAAAACCAGAGAAUGUUUUGUUAUCUUCAGAGACAGCAUUUCCACAGGUGAAGCUUUGUGAUUUUGGAUUUGCUAGAAUCAUUGGUGAGAAAUCUUUCAGGCGGUCUGUAGUGGGCACUCCAGCCUAUCUGGCUCCUGAAGUGCUGAAGAGCAAAGGAUACAAUCGUUCCCUGGACAUGUGGUCAGUUGGUGUUGUAAUAUAUGUAAGUUUAAGUGGUACAUUCCCAUUCAACGAAGAUGAAGAGAUUAGUGAUCAGAUCCAAAAUGCCUCUUUCAUGUAUCCAGCAACACCGUGGAAGGAAAUCUCUCAGGAGGCUCGAGAGUGCAUCAACAUACUACUGCAGACCAAUCAUAAAAAGCGUCCAUCUUGUUCUAAUGUGCUCAGACAUCCAUGGUUGAUACAGGAUUACCAGACCUGGUGUGACCUAAGACAGUUGGAGGAGAAUGUAGGUCAGCGCUAUCUGUCGCACGAAUCAGACGACGAGCGGUGGGAACAGUUCCGCAGAGAAAGGAAUCUAGCACGCUGGCAGGACACGGGCAUGAAAGGUGUGAAUGAAACUUACAAACUGGGCAAGUCCCGCAGUGAACGCACGGUUAAUGCCAGUUCCUGAAUCUGUGUUGUGUUCUUGGUAUUUAUCUUCUAAUCGGACCAAAUGUUGUCAGCUUUCUGUAAUAAGAUGUCUUCUGUUUUCUGAUGUUUGUCCAUUAUUCGGGGAGGAAAAAAUCUUAUGGAAAUUUUUUUUGUCUUUCAUCUUUUUUCUCAGAUGUGCAAAACUUUAUAGAAUUUUUUUUAUGAUUGACGUAUUUUGCUUUUGAUGGAAGUUUAUACCUUUUGAUUGUAAUAUGCUAGUUUUUAUUUUUGGAAAUCCCUUCAGUGUAAGGGCUGAAAGAGUUCAUAAGAAUAGUUAUUGUGGUUUUGCAUGUUGUCGUCUGUUUUAUAAGAUUUAUAAGAUCACGGGAUGAUCUACAACAAACAAUCAAACUUGUUGUUGAGCUAUUGUCAUGCACUCACUCUGUUAUGGGCACUUUCUAUUGUUAUACCUUUUUAUUGUUAAAUAUUUUAUGAUACACGGUGUCCAAUAUUAGGCCUUUGUCUCUGGCGCCCACCCGCAGACAAGGAAAACUUCCAGGUAAAUACUGAGUGGGCGGCGAGGGUCAGGAUCUGUUUUGUAGACUACAAGACUAUGUGAUAUAUUUUUCAUUUAUUUGUAAAUACCAUUUUACAUUACACUGCUUUCGCUAUAGUGGAUGCUGGCCACAGACAAUAUCUGGUGCAUCUUCAGACCUUCCCACCUGUAUCAGGUGUUGUCCAAGUGGUCAGCAUGCUCAGUUGUCUGCAUGAUGUUUUUUACACAACUGUUCUUCCAUUUAUUGUUGUGAUGUCACUAUGUCCAGACAACAGGUUCAUUUCCAUAUAUAUAUAUAUACAGUUGUCAUCCCACCCCUAACUUUACAGUCGAGCACAAACGAAAUUAGAGGACUAGAUGGUAGACUGGAGAUGCUUUUUGUGAAACACUCUCGUAAAAUCAGCAUCUUUAAUCCUUUUUGGAACUAGAUUAUAGUCAGACCUUGUAAAAUAUCAAGCUCAUGCGUGACUUUGUCAUUGUCGAUGUCAAGACUCAAUCAAAAUUCAGGUUCAGAGGUCAAUCUGAUAUAAAUAUUGAAAAAAUUGAUACACUAUGAUGGGUUCAGAAAUCAAAUACUAAUAACUAUACGCAUGCAUACUCCAUGAAAAAAAUUCACUUGCCUCUGAACAAUUUUCAAAACAUUAAAUAACGUGUUUUCUGCAUAUGAAGAAGAAAUUGAAAAUAUUGACCGAGGCCAGUUGGCCCGAGGGAACGUAUUUACCUAUAUUAUUGACUUAGCCACGUGCAUUUUGUAAAUAUUUCACAAGUGGACCAACUCACUGAACUUCAGUUGCCUGGACAUAAUUCUUAUGAGAUAUAUUUUGAUAUUAACAUUUUAAUAUUAUAUAUUCUGAGAGAAUCUCCAUGGCUCACAUUAAUAAUAAAGAUUACACGAUUCACAUUAGUAAUGAAUGGGGGAAAUAUGACAGUCACAUUGACUUGACUCCAUGAAAAGGGUGUUUCAAAAAAAUAAAUCUUAAAAUCAUAUUUUUUAAAAAUGUGACAAGUAUAUAUACAAAAAGUGAAGUCUUAGUGAGAUUUGGCUUUGACUGUCUUGAUGUGAAUCGUGUUACACCAGUGUUAGUAUAAAUAAUAUUAGAUAUAUAGCUAUGUUAUGAUUUAUAUGAUAGAAAGAGCAUACAUAGUGUACUAGAUAAUUAAGUUCCCCUAAUGUAGUGUGGGAACAUAUUGGGUUUUACUCUGUUAUGUUUUUUCUCUCUGAUUACCCCCCCCCCCCCCCCCCCCCCCCCCCCCUUUUUAAGAAGGACUCCUUUGUCUGCAGUUAAUCCCUUAUAUGAUAUUCAGAUACAGUAGCUAUCUGAAAUGAUGUGUGCUUGAAUGUUGAUCAGCUUAGACUGAAAGACUUUUAAAAGUGGCUAAAUGAUUUAAUCAAUUGCCAAGAAAUGCUCGGAAAUUUAAUGAAAAUGUCAUUAAGAAAUACUGAUAUGACAGUCAUUGAGGAACAUCAGUAACAAUUAAAUCAAAUUCCCUUCCAAAGUAAAGCCAUGUGUCAGGAAGACAGAAUAUCACAAAGUUUAUGAUAGUUUUAUACAUAUAUGUAAUAUAUGAGAAAAGUGUAAGGGUAAUAUAUUGACAUGUAUAUUUUGGUGCAGUGUUAUAUGAGAGUGAGUCAAAUUUUGUAUGUUUGCUGACAAAAUCAAAUUCAUAUUUCAUACACAGAUGAUUAUAAAUUCAUGAUGCUCGUCUUCACCUAAACGUUCUGAGUCAGACUCAGACUGUCUCACAAACACAGGAAUUUCUCAUUCUGUCGCAGGACAUAUUGACAAACAUAAUUUCGUGGAAGGAAGUCGCUUAUUCACGACUGGAUGCCAAAUAGAAAACUUACCACAUAGAAUUAGACUAUAUGCUGCAUUUUGUGCUUAGCAGGCUGUUAGAAAACUCGGAUAUUUCUCUCUGGGCAGACCGCUUUCUCAUAAUCAUAUAUUGAAUAUCUUGGUGUCAUUUUGUGAAGAUAAAGGUGUGUUUCUAGUCUAUAGUCUGUGUGCUUUCAUUAAUCACUAUCAAUUUUAAUAUGUUCAAAUCAUGCUUAUAAGAUGAACUUGUUCUUAUACAAAAUUUAUCAUUAUACUUUGAUCAUUAAAAAAUCAUUAUUGAUAUAUUGACCAUAAAAACUUCAUGUAUUUAAAUAGAGUCUAUAAUAUAGCCUACACUAUUAAGAUAGGAGUUUUGCAUAUUUAUAGAAAUUUGUUCGCUCAGCAUUUAAUCUUUGCAGGGAGAUAUUUUUUUAAUCUGCAAAUGCAUUACAGAAGUGUGAGUAUAUAGAUAAUAUGGCAGCCAUGAAAAUAUCAUGACACAUUUCAUUACAUGUAUUUAACUCUGAACAUUCAAGAUUUAGGAUUGUUUGUCUUCUGGAUUAAAAAAAUAUGCAGGUGUUGAAUUUUAUUUUUAGGCUUAUUUUUUUUAUUUCAUUAAGAUAAAUAUUAAAAAUAUUUCUAUCAUCACCUGCAUCAGGAGAGGGGGGUGUAAAAGUUUAGAUAUUUAUUUUCACAAACAAAGAUAGAAGUUCUGUCUAUUACCAUGAUGCAUACCCAUUUCAUUUCUUGUCACCCAUCUAAACAGACAGAUGUUACAUUUUCGUUUUAUUCAUUUGACUCAUUUUCCAAACCAGAAUCUCAAAACGUAGGACCAUCUAGUACAACUGAUUCUUAAAUUCUAAAUGGCGAAAUUGUUUUGUGGUGCAAAAGAAUCAGGACUUUUUAGAGCAUCGGAUAGAUUUGGCUUUUAUUUUCAUAGUGUUAUCCAAUUAAGGCCAAUUCAACUUAAUUAGUAGAUUAUCAUCCAGGGUCACCAAAAAGUAUGGGGCGGGUGGGAGGAUUUUAUUAAUGACAAACGAGUUUUUGUCAACAGAAGUUCUUCAUUUAAUGCCAGAUGGAUAUCAAUCUAUGCUUAUUUCACAGACGAAUUCCAGGUUAAGCUUAAUUUCAAACACAAAAAGAUACCAAACUUCUUCAAGAUUUAUGCCCGUAAGAAUGCAAGAAACCAUAUUCUUCAUUUGGCUUUUCACGUUGCUAUACCGAAAAUGUAAACAAGAAGUGUAAAUACCUGAGUUGGACAUGAAAAUUUUCUGGAAAUCGCAAGUUUCACAAAAUAAAAAAAAAUCGGGGUGGGCCAAUUUUUGAGGGGCGGGCGGGGAUGAUAAUCUAUAAAUUAAGUUGAGUUGGCCUAAUGUGGGAAUUUUGAUAUAAAUGGAAAUAGAAAUUAGUCGCAAGACAUAGGAAUACAAUAACAGGUAUUUUGAAAGGGAAAUUAAGACUUGUUCAGUUUCAUUAUGAAGUGAAUGUUAGAGUGAUAUUGUAAUGGUAAAAUUUGGAAAUCUUUUGAUUUGAGAACUUUAAGGCGUAUUUAUGACAUGCUCUCAUUUGAUAAUGUUUUACAUUGUACUACGCCUCAGGUGUGACACUUUAUGCAAUAAUAUUAUAGCGCUAGUUAAUGUAUGUUGACUACCUGGAAAAAUGUGAUGUUAUGACAGAUCUGUUCAAUAAAGAUGGUAAUAGGUGAC